GCAGCAGAAAUUAUAUAUGACUUGUGCUGGCGCUAUUAUAUAGUAGAGGCGCAUGUAUUUUUGCUGUCGCGCUUUGUGUGCUGUUUGGUGAUACUUGGUCCAACCAAAUUGCCAAAUUAUGCAAUAUACUUACUGCACGUGUGAAAAUUAUUGAUUGGAGAAAAGUUUGUGAAAAAAAUUUAUAGAGAAGUAAGCUAAAAUUGUGUGUAAAAAUCUGGCAAGAAAAGUGUGUGUAUUAUAAGAGGUGUGUGAAAGUGGUGAAAAUGCUUUGGCAACGAUAAGCAGUGAAAAAAAUCGAAUUUCACAGCGCUCGUUUGGCCUUCGGCGCGUUGAAGGCGAGUGAAAACGCCUAAUACUGAUAGCAAGCGCAAAGAAUUUGAAAAAAAAAAUCAAAGACUUGAAAAACGGAAAAUUUGCUUAAAAGUGACGAGUAAACAUUUUUUUUGAAGAAAAUUUUAAGUAAGCAAAGCAUCUGCCAGACUUUUCUUCAACAUCCUCAAGCAGACAAUUCUCACACAGGCAAAUUAUAAAAUAAGUUUAUUGGGACCAAUGACUUGGUGUAUGAUUGUUAAAAGAAAACAAGGAAAAAAUAUAGUUCAACACUAAAAUAUAGGAAAUUCAGCAAAAUAUCAAUAAGAAAACAAUAGCGUGGACAAAAAGCAGCUCGGCUUACCGCAAAUAGAGGUAGACCAAUACAGACAGCGAAAAUACACUAACAACUAUAAGCUUUAGAUAAACAUGGCUCAGUACGGUGGUGGCGCACCAAACCCCUUCGGUGCUGGUGGCGGUGGUGGCGGCUAUGAACAACAGCCUAACUAUGGCGGCGGUUAUGGACAACAGAUGGGCGGUUACGAGCAAACCGGUGGAGGUUAUGAUCAAACAAGUGGAGGUUAUGAUCAAAGCGGUGCGGGUUACGAUCAAAGUGGCGGCUAUGGUAAUCAGGGCAUGGCUGGCGGUGCGGCUUAUGGUGGUGGCAUGCCGAAUGCUGGUGGCGUACCACAACAGCCUUAUGGCAUGGCGGCACGUCCUCGUGUCGAUGUAGAGGCUACUGGUGAAGUGGAUCCAACACUCUAUCCGGAAGCCAAAGAGUCAACGCACAAAAUACGCGGUCACGCUGAUAUUAUCGAAAUGCUUUUUGGGCCCACCGAACACGAACUCAUACCGGUGAAGGCCUUUUAUUUCUUUUUCUUUGCCGCUUUUGGUUCACUCUUUCCACUGAUGGGUGUCUACUUCAAACAGAUGGGUAUGAAUCCGGGGCAGUGCGGUAUAUUGAUUGGUAUGCGUCCAUUUGUGGAGUUCUUGUCGGCACCCUUCUGGGGUUCCUAUGCGGAUCGCUGCCGACAAGGCAAAAAGUUGUUGCUGGCCUCAUUGGCCUGUUGGGUGCUAUUUACUAUACCUUUGAGCUUCAUCAAACCGGAGGCUGUGAAUUGCAUCGAACGUAAGAAUGAAACCGAUUUCGUUUUGACUUUGACACGCACGAAGCGUGAUCUCUCCGCUUAUGACAUGAGCGAUAUGAAUAAGGACGAUGUGGAGAGUUACCAUUCGCAAGCGGCUUUACAUGACACACUCACAAUGCCAGCCAGCGAGGCGAUGGAGGAAUCGCAUAGAAGACGCAAACGUUCAUUGAUACCGCGCAUUGAUGCCGGCAUCUCACCCAUACACAUAAACUUUGUCAGCAACUACGAUGACAAACAGCAUCGUGACUAUGUUAGCCCUAUAUUCUCCUCGAUGGUCUAUCGCACACCAGACAUACAAAAGGCUUUCUUCCUGCUCUUACUCGUCAUACUUAUUGGUGAAUUCUUCAGCGCUCCCGCUAUUACGCUCGCUGACUCAGCUGUCAUCACAUUGCUUGGCGACGAUGCUGAUAAGUAUGGUCAUCAGCGCAUGUUCGGCUCACUUGGCUGGGGUAUUUCUAUGUUCGUUGUCGGUAUUGUGCUCGAUCACUCGACACGUUUCUCGCAUCAUCCCUGCGGUGCCGGACACAUGGAGAAGAACUACAACAUCUGCUUUGCCAUAUUUUCGAUAUUGAUGACUUGCGCUAUUGUUUCGGCCUCGAAGAUCACUUUCAAAUAUGAUCCCAUCGACAUCGAAAAGCCCGUUGAGAACCCAGAUGCCAGCGCUAAUAAACAAGCGGAAGAUGAGAGCAUGGCUGAGCUGGCUGCACAGCUAAAUUUACCCACGUUGGCGAUGGGUAGUGGCACGGCGGCGGUCGGCAAGGCACCACAGGCCGCUGUGGGCGCACAGUCGACAAUGUUUGCACAGACGACUAAGGAAAUGCCCGAAUGGUUGACUGUGUUGACGCACUUUAGAGAUAUGAAAACUAUUUCGUUUCUAUUCGUCGCCUGGUUUAUGGGUUUCGGCAUUGGACUGAUAUUCACUUUCCUCUUUUGGCAUCUACAAGACUAUGGCGGCACUCCAACGCUUUUCGGUGUUGCCUCUGUGAUUAAUCACGUAUCCGAGAUUUUCGCCUACUUCUACAGCUUCCGUUUCAUCACACAAAUCGGUCAUAUAAAGGUGUUAUGCUUGGGUUUAAUCGGCAAUGUGCUGCGCUUUUUAUACAUCUCAUAUGCGACCAAUCCGUGGAUGGUGUUACCGUUCGAACUGAUGCAGGGCGUUACACAUGCUGCCGUAUGGGCCGCUUCCUGUUCGUACAUAGCGCACAGCACACCCAAACAUCUGCGGGCUUCAGCACAGGGCGUACUGCAGGGUAUACAUCAUGGUUUGGGACGCGGUUGUGGCGCUAUUAUUGGUGGCAUGUUUGUCACAUACUACGGCACUACGAAAACAUUCCGCGGUUAUGGCCUGGCUUGCCUCGUCGUCUUGGGUAUUUUCAUUUUCGUGAAUUUCUAUCGUAAAGAUCAGGGCUUCAUCUCGGAUUUGCCAGCAACGGAGGAUCCGCGACAGGUGGCGGAAGAGACCUCACAUCUGGCGCCACAUGGUGUGCCCAGUAAUCCAAUACCGCGUGCGCUCUCUAAUGCACGUUUGAAUGAGAUGAAUCCAAAUGGUGGCACAGGCAAUACCUACGGCACCUAUCAGACUUCGGGCGGCAAUUUGGACAUACCUGGCGCAAAUCCACACAACCCAUUCGCGCAAUAAAUUGGAAAAAGAAAAUUUUGAAUAAGACGAAUUGGCUGAAGUGUGAACAUGGUGUAAGAAUGAGAGAAGAAUAUUUUAGAUGAUUUUGCAUUUACAUAUGUCUGCGUAGAUAUGUUAUUUUUUUUGUUAUGAGUUUCAUGAACAGUUUUGAUCAGAUCUAUUUGUAUAGUUUAUACGUACAUAUGUAAGUAUAUUGGUAGUAUAACAUUGUUAACAAAUCUAAUCGUAUAAUUAUUAAGAGACCGUAUUUGUAGUGGAGGGCGAUUA